CGUAUUUCCGGUAAACUGUCAAACUCGUAGGCUUCAUGUCAGUCGACGGGACAGGCUCGGACCAAAAGCCAGCGGACGGACAGCUCACAAAUACGGCCGACCAAGGAAAUCAAGAAAAAUGUCUUUUAUAUUUGACUGGAUCUGCAGGAGCUUCAGCAGUGUGCUGCAACUAUUAGGGUUGUACAAGAAGACCGGCAAGCUAGUGUUCCUCGGACUAGACAAUGCUGGAAAAACAACUCUCCUGCACAUGCUCAGAGACGACAGACUAGGACAACAUGUGCCGACGCUACAUCCAACAUCGGAGGAGCUGACCAUAGCUGGAAUGACCUUCACGACGUUUGACCUCGGAGGCCACACGCAAGCACGAAGGAUCUGGAAGAACUACCUCCCUGCCAUUAACGGUAUAGUCUACCUGGUGGAUUGUGCUGAUCAUGAGCGACUACUGGAGGCUAAAAUUGAACUGGAUGCGCUGUUAACAGAUGAAACCAUCUCAAACGUCCCGGUUCUCAUCCUGGGGAAUAAGAUAGACCGUCCAGAGGCCAUCAGUGAGGACGCACUCAGAGGAAUGUUUGGUCUUCAUGGACAUACAACUGGAAAGGGCAAAGUGUCACUGAAGGAGCUGAAUUUGAGGCCGAUGGAGGUUUUCAUGUGCAGCGUGCUGAAGAGACAGGGUUAUGGAGACGGUUUCCGCUGGCUCUCCCAGUAUAUUGACUGAUUCUUUUAAUAAACCUUAACCAGAUUUACUGUGCUGCCGGUGCACACAGAGACAUUUUCCACACAAAACUACCUGCCAUAGAGAGAGACAGAGAGAGAGACAGAGAGAGAGAUUUGAUUCAAUAUUUAAGACGGUGCCAGUAGGAACAUGUGUUUCAAGUAGUGUUUUGUUUUAAUAUACCCUGCGUUCCUUCAUGGAUUUAAAGAUGUCAUAUGUAUCACACCACAGCAAACAUCGAGUUAUGAAUCUUCAUACCGUAUUGUUGAGAUUUGAGUGUGGAGAGUAGUCUUCAUGGUGUGGUUUCUGCUGUUACCUAAAGCCUGUAGAGAAUUCAUGCCGCCAUAUAGAACAUGUCAUCGCACUGAACCAGUUUCUGACCCGGGUGUAUUUUUAGCUGUUGGUGUAGGCUUUCACUGAAGGUCAUUUUGGUUAACACUUUGUGCUUGGAGUUACUCUUCCUUGAUUGAGAACGAAUACUCUCUGAAUCUACAUGUUUUUCCUAUUUCUUCAACACUAAUGGUUAUCUUGAAUACCUUAAUAUUUCCAAGGAUACUGACAGUUUGGCUGUUGGCAUGUUUUUAGUUUUUUUUUUUUUUUAAUCAAUGAAGAGUUUAUCACCACAGGCCAAUUACGUGAAUGUGACCACAAGUGCAUUAACUGAUAUUUUGAGGAGCUUUAUGUAAUCGUUUCAUAUAGCAGUGUUUAAUAAUUGCAGUUUACUGUAUGUUAACUGCAUCAGCACAGCCAGGUGAUGUAACAAACCCAUAUCUGUCCACAGUGAGGAUGCCAAACUACCUGUUUUCACGAUGGUUAACUGCUGUGAAAAGACUUGAGUACUUUGUGAUUAGUGGCUGCUCACAAUAAGCAGCGAUAUUAUGAGAGUACUCGGGCAAGAGAUAGAGAUAUGCAUGGAAUUACCUCUUAGUGCAAAUGUUAUACAUUAUUUUGUAUAUAAGCUCUUAUUUAUAUUUUGCAAGAAAAACUUGGCUUGCCUUAUGUUACAUCAAGCAUCGAGCUCUGAAGUACUGUAUCUGUUACAAAAGGUAGAUCUUACUGUUAUUCAACGUGUGAAGUUUGAGCAUAAUAAAUGUUUUUGACAAUCCUUCA